AUGUCUGUUGAUGACUCAAAAAGGACCAAACAGAAACUUAGAAAGCUCUUACUAAAAUAUACUGAUGUACUCCAGAAGCCCAUAAUGCUUGUCAUCAAUCAAGAAGCACUAAAAAGGGGAAUGACUGUGCAAACUUCACCCAAGUAUCCAAUUCCGGACUUGUCAAUAAGAGCUGAAGAAAGGUUUUCGUGGUUCUUGGAAUGGAAAACAAAAGUAACUGAGAAUUUGCAGUACUUGCGGUCUGGAAGAAGUCACGAUUUUGAAUUUUUAAAUACUUGUUUAAAAGACGGUUCUUUAAGUGAAUGUUUCACUUCAAACACUACCUGCAUAACACUCAAAGAGGAGAAUCUGGGAAUCUGGACUACAAUUGACAGCAUCUUGCAAACUGCAGCGUCUUGCAAUGAGCUAUGGAUUGGUGAAGGAAAGAGUUUAGGCAAGAGAAGGGCUUUAUCUGAAUUUUUGAAAUUACUGAACUCUUGUGGUUUGUUCAAGCAUCGGUCCUCUCUCAUUAAGGAUCAGUCAAAUUGGUGGCUAUUUCAGUCUUCUUAUGAUAUAAGUCAUUUGCUACCAACACAAGAUGGUCUGCAUUCUGAAGAGGAUAUUUCUACCGUUCUUAGUCAAGCUCUGAAUCUUCCUUCUGAAAAUGUUGCUGGCUUAUGGGUAGCAACAAAAAAGUACUAUUUCAGGAGCAUUAGUUCUGUGAAUAACCUGUUGUCGGUUUCCCUGAAUUUGCACAAAAUAUUACUAGACGUAGAGAAAAGCAUUGUUUCAUCUGGCGAACUUGAAGCAGCACAUGAUGAAGCUCUCAAGGAAACUUAUAAUCAUAUGCAAUGA